GCAAAUUGCAUGCAAAUCAGCGAGUGCACCAGCAGAGAGUUCUUGGUGGGCGGGACUCUCGUGGGCCUCCCGGGUCUAGUGGUCUGAGAGCUGGGGGUCCGCCAGGUCGGGGCCCAUCGGAGGCAGAGGCCAAGUCUCACAAGUCCCUCCCCCCAACCCUGGUCUCCUUCGGAGCCAAAGCGAAUUCUGGAGAAAGAACUCGCAAUCCUAGGGAAGGGGAGGUACGCCCCUCGGCCCCUUCCCGCGCCACUCCCGCUUCCCCACCCCGUGUCCGUUGUUGCAGAAGAGAGGUGUCGGGUUACCGCCGCGGGGGCUAUAGUUAGCCGCGGGACUUUGUUGAUCGGCUAGAGUCCCGGGACAGCGCAGCACCCGCCGGGACUUAAGCCCCCCGCCGGCCCGAGCGGUCAGUGUUCCUUCCCGCCGUCGUCCCUGAAACUUCCAGGCCCGCCCUUGGCCCCGCCCACACCCGCUUGGGCCGGAUCCUGGACGAGACCCUUCACACCCCAGAGGAAGGGACCCUGGUCUUUGUCUCCCAGCCCAUCGCCAGUGCUGCCCUCUUCAUCUGGACCUCGCCCACCCUUGAGUCGCCCCCAGGAAGGAUGCUGGCGGCUUUGCUGAUGGCUCUCAGCUACCUCGGCCUCCAUGCCCUCUGGCAGGCUCAGGCUGUUCCCAUCCUGCCCCUGGGCCUGGCUCCAGACACCUUCGACGAUGCUUAUGUGGGCUGUGCGGAGGAGAUGGAAGAGAAGGCGGUCCCUCUGCUGAAGGAGGAGAUGGCCCGCCACGCCCUGCUGCGGGAGUCCUGGGAGGCAGCCCGGGAGGCCUGGGAGCACAAGCACCGAGGGCUCCCCCUGCCCCCUGGCUUCAAAGCGCAGCACGGAAUCGCCGUCAUGGUCUACACCAACUCAUCUAACACUUUGUACUGGGAGCUGAACCAGGCGGUGCGGACCGGUGGCAGCUCCCAGGAGUUCUACAUGAAGCACUUCCCCUUCAAGGCCCUGCAUUUCUACCUCACCCGGGCCCUGCAGCUGCUGCAGGGCAGUGGGGGCUGCAGCAAGGGACCUGGAGAGGUGGUGUUCCGAGGCGUGGGCACCCUCCACUUUGAACCCAAGAGACUGGGGGACUCUGUCCGCUUGGGCCAGUUUGCUUCCAGCUCCCUGGAUGAGGCAGUGGCCCGCAGAUUUGGGAAUGUCACCUUCUUCUCUCUAAGGACUUGCUUCGGGGCCCCUAUCCAGGCCUUGUCUGUCUUUCCUGAGGAGCGUGAGGUGCUGAUACCCCCCCAUGAAGUCUUCUUGGUCACCAGGUUCUCCCAGGAUGGAGCCCAGAGCCUGGUGACUCUCUGGAGCUAUAAUCAGACCUGCAGCCACUUUAACUGCGCCUAUCUGGGUGGGGAGAAGAGACGCGGCUGUGUGUCUGUACAAGCAGGAGGGCAGCCAGAUUCUACCCCCAAGGGGGACUUCUCUCUGCUUUCCUGGAAGACCCUGCUCUUUGCCCCUGGGGGCUUCCAGCUCUCAGGAGCUGGGCCCUGAAAGCCCAAUGUCUGCCACUAGGAGUCCUAGGAACUCAUGAUCUUCCAUUGAAGAAGGGGGCUUCGAAUGGCCUCAAAGCGAGAACGUGGUUUCGGACCCAGCCCUAGCAGCCAUUUCCCCAGGGAUGGGGACCUACCCAGCCAUCUCCCCUCCCAACCAGGAUGUGGGGGGAUCUGAGGCCCUGGCAGGAUGGAGGGAGCGCUGCUAUGUGGUAGGGAUUCCCCGGGACAAGCAAGGGUGGUACUAUGAUGGCCACUCAAUUAAACAGUAUUGCAGUGUGGUGACAUCACAUUUCCUGACUGGUUUAUUCCAUGAGACUAGACCAUCUACCCUGCUCUGGCCUUGUGAGACUCAAAGACUGAGGGACUAAAAGGAUGACUUCUUGAUCACUCCUAGACAUGGUCCCCUGUGCAGACCCCUGUCAUAAACCAGAACUUGCAAACCCAGGAGCUUUAACAGCCAGAGAUUCCUCACAACCUCCCUGAAGGAAGGAAGGAAGGAAGGAAAGAAGGAAGGAAGGGGGACAGAUGGAUUCACUGGCCCAUUUGUCAGAUGAGGAAUGCAAAGACAAGGAAGGAAGCAACUUGCUCAAGGUCAAAGAGUUAGUAUUGAAACCAGGCUCCCUUCUUCCCAGUCCAGAACUCUUUCCUUGAAAGAUUUGAAAGAACUCAAAGUAGGAGCCUAAGCCCCAGACACCUGGGACCCCACAGCAAGACAUUUCUCUCUGUCCUGCUCCCACAAGAGUCCAUUUCAAGGGUGAGG